AUGGCGUUCACGAUGCACUCCCAUUCGGGGCAGUUCUGCCCCGGCCACGCAAAGGACCAGCUCGAGGCCAUCAUCCAGCAUGCCAUCAGUAUAGGCUACAAGACCAUGGGCCUGACGGAACACAUGCCCCGUCUCGAUAUCACAGAUCUCUACCCUGAAGAACUCGCAGAGGGCGAUCCCGAGGCCUCCAUUGCCGUCCUCGCACCCCGGCACGAAGCCUACCUUGUCGAGGCCCAACGUCUGCGCGAGAAGUACGCCUCCCAGAUCGACCUGCUCAUCGGCUUCGAGGGGGAAUGGUACCGGCCCGCCUACGGCCCUUUCAUCGAGUCCCUCGCCGCCCACCCGGCCGUCGACUAUUUUAUCGGCUCGCUGCACCACGUCAAUGCCGUGCCCAUCGACUACAGCCGCGAGAUGUACGUCAACGCGAUGAAGACGGCGGGCGGCAACGAAGAGAGCAUGUACGAGAGGUACUACGAUCAGCAGCACGAGAUGCUGACGGCGCUGCGGCCGCGUGUCGUGGGCCACUUCGACCUCGUGAGGCUCAUGAGCGAGGACCCCGGACGGGACGUCAGGAAAUGGAAGAGCGUAUGGGAAAGGAUCAUGAGGAAUCUGGCGGUCGUGAAGGAGUACGGUGGUCUGUUGGAGUGUAACAGCAGCGCGCUGAGGAAGGGUCUCGAUGAGCCUUAUCCUUGUCGGCCUAUUGCCGAAGCUUGGCUCGAGAUGGGAGGACGGUUCACAUUCUCGGACGACAGCCACGGCAUCGAGCAGGUCGCAACGAACUACAAGCGCAACCUGGACUACCUCGAGAGCCUGGGUGUCACGGAGGUGUACACCUUUGAGCGCGGGCCCGUCGAGGGCGUCAAUGGGCACGCGAAAGCCGUGUUGCGGGAGAAGGGUGUUGCGUUAGGGGUGUUCCGGACGAACUUCAAUUAG